AUGGAGGCUCCCCUCGAGAAGCAGGGCUCCAUGCGCGUCUACAACAGUCACCUGAUGGACAGUCUGCUCAAGGACGAGGACGAGGCGUUCGACGAUCGCUUCAACGAUGCGCAUAGAUCCCCCAUGGCGCUCGAUGGAAGCGACGACGACGACGACGACGACGACGACGACGACGAAGAUCCCGCGUUCGGCUCGAUCCGACGCGCGCGCCGUGUCGCCGAUUCCCCUCACGAGCCCGCGGUGCUCACCCCGACCAAGGCGCCGACCCCGAAGAGGCGCGACGGAUUCGGCGGCAUCCGCGGCCAGUCGUCCGAAGACGAGGACUCGUCGGACGACGACGACGACGACGACGACGACUCCGAAUCGGGCGGACCCGCGGAGGAUUCCGACUCGGGCUCCGAGGGCGAGAUCGACCCGAACGGCAAGCCCCUGACGCGGCACGAGCUCCGCGAGAUGAUCAGGAAGGAGAACGACAAGCGCCAGUACUUCGUCAGCGAGGAGUUCAAGCGCGAGGUGUUUCGAAAGAAGGUGGAGAAGGAGCACGCGGCGCACGAGAGGUUCGAGAAGAUGCUCGGGUCGGUCAUGGAGGGCAUCGACGGCGGCGGGUUGGUGGCGGACACCAACGAGAAGGUGUACCGACGCGAGGUGGCGCACGAUAAGAAGACGAAGGCGAUCCACGCCGAGUGGGAACGGGAGAUAUUCGCCAAGAUAUCGGAGCAGAUCAAGGCGCAGGUUGACAAGAUCGACGCGCGGGACCUGAACACGCGGCUGGUAAACGCGGACGAGACAUACCGAUCGACGGUGAACCGAAAGAUGAGCUACCAUCCCAAGGCGGGUCUCUUCCUGGACACCAUCUUGGGGCACGAUUACGACCCGUUCGAGCACCAGCCGGAGUGGUUCAAGUACCACGUCGACGCGCUGAGGGAUCCCAUGAAGCGGGACCUGCACAAGAGCAUCAAGGAGGAUCUGGCGGCGGGCUUGAUCACGUUGGAGAAGGCGAGGAUCCUCGCCAAGCUGGAGGCUAAGCUCCGGGACACCGCCGCGCCGGCGAGCGCCAUCUGGAGCAACGGCGACUACACCAUGUACGGCAGGUACACGGACGCGGACGGCGAGGAGCUUCCCCCGGACGCCCCCAUACCGGGUUUCUUCAGGCAGGGCCAGCACCUGUGGAACAGACACGACGUCGAGCGUAACAAGCAGGACCACUUCGACUUCCCGGUAGGUAACGAACACGCCGAGGCGGAGUGGCGGCGAACCGCGGCGCACCGGCGCGCCGGCGUGGCGGACCACAACGCGGGCGGAUUGAGGGACAUGGGCAAGCUGCUGGGGCUGGCGGGUGUGGUGGAGCACGGCCCGGGCGCGGACACCGGUACGGACCGGUGGCUGGAAAAGUCACGGAAGAAGCAGUGGGACGCGUCGCGGGGGUUGCCGGGGCACGACCGACGGAACCUGAACGACGUCAUGCAGCAAAAGAAGGGCGGAGGACGCGGGUUCGACGGGACGGACGCGUGGUUGGCGAGGAAAGGCAAACACUGCUUCCAGGAGCUGCCGAUUCAGAAGAGCAACCGGAAGAGGUCGGGGACAAGUGGCUGGACACCAAGCUCAAGAACCCGGUGCGGCACAGGCGGUACAGCGGACAUCCCGACGGCGAUAUCUACGGCCUCCUGA